GUUAGUUAUCGCGGAUACUCGGCGUAAGACAUCUCCGCGUGAAGAUCUCCUGUCCUCUUCACACUCACACGGUAACGUUACAAACGAAAGAGAUAGUGAUUAAUUUAAUAACACUAUGAUAUUUUUAAUAAUUGUAUGGUUUUUUAUACAUUCAACUCGGUGUUACGAGGUACCACAAGCGAAAUUAGAAGCAAUUUAUCCGAAAGGAUUACGAGUAUCUAUUCCAGAUGAUGGAUUUUCACUCUUCGCGUUUCAUGGAAAACUUAACGAAGAAAUGGAAGGCUUGGAAGCCGGUUAUUGGUCGAGGGACAUCACAAAAGCAAAAAACGGGAGAUGGACGUUUAGAGAUAGAGAGGCGCAACUGAAAAUUGGAGAUAAAAUUUAUUUUUGGACAUAUGUUAUCAAAAAUGGUCUAGGAUAUAGACAGGACAAUGGCGAGUGGACUGUCAAAGGUUAUGUCAACGAAGCUGGUGAACCAGUUACAACAGAUGGAUAUUCAACAUCUUCAAAUGAACAAAAUCCUACCGCAACUACUACCAAACUAUCGAAUGUAUAUCCAUGUGAACUCUCAGAGUCAAAAGUGUCUGUACCUGGUUUCGUUUGUAAAGGUCAAUUAUUAUUUGAAGAUAAUUUUAAUUCUGAAAUAGACAGAGGGAAGGUCUGGACACCUGAAGUUAAAUUUCCAGCUGAACCAGACUACCCAUUCAACGUUUAUUUGUAUGAUGUUAAUACUAGUGUAAGAAGUGGUAGAUUAACCAUCAAACCAAUUACCCUCGAGUCUAAAUACGGUGAAAAUUUUGUACGUGAAUCUUUAGACUUAAGCCAAAGGUGUACAGGGCGGGUUGGAACGAAUGAAUGUUAUCGCGAAGCCAUCGGUGCUCAAAUCCUUCCUCCAAUCAUCACUGCCAAGAUAACUACGAAAAACACAUUUAACUUUAAAUACGGCCGUAUAGAUGUGAGAGCAAGGAUGCCUCGAGGAAACUGGAUUUUUCCAGAAAUUCAAUUACAACCUCGUGACAAUAUCUACGGUCCCCAGAACUACGCAUCCGGUUUACUUCGAAUCGCAACGGUGAAGGGUAACGAAUAUCUUUCAAAGAAGCUAUACGGUGGACCUAUUUUAUGUGAUAGUGAACCUUACAGGUCGAAACAUUUAAAAGAAAAGGUUGGAUUUGAUGCUUGGAAUAAGGAUUUUCAUAAUUACACGUUGCUGUGGCGACCAGAUGGCAUCUACCUUUACGUCGACGGAGAAAAAUAUGGUGAAAUUUCAACGGGUCAAGGUUUUUUCGAAGACGCAAAGAAAAGCGGUGUUGUCGCUGCUUCGCAGUGGUUAAAAGGAACGGCGAUAGCUCCUUUUGAUGAAAUGUUCUACAUUUCAUUGGGAUUAUCCGUGGGCGGGAUCCAUGAAUUCCCCGAUAGCCCGGAUAAACCCUGGAAAAAUAAAGCUACAAAGGCAAUGUUUAAUUUCUGGGAAGCUCGCAACCAAUGGCUGUCAACCUGGUAUGACGACACAAGCUCGCUUAUAGUUGACUAUGUCAGAGUCUACGCUAUAUAAAAGGUCUGCAGUGAUAGUAUUCUUUUUAUUACUCAAAUAACUCGAAAUAUGUAAAACUAAUUAUUAAAACACGUUUUUAUAAAUAAA